GCCACCGUCCCUAAACUGGGCUUCACGUCUCCUAGCAACCAGUAGUGGUCGCACAGGACGUGUUAGCACUGAGGUGAGUGCCCAGACCAACCUCAGACUCAGAAUCUGCGGCUGCGGCUGGGAGAGGUCCAGGAGACCUGGGAUCCUACUUUCCAACCCUUCCUGACCCUACUAUGCAUAGUCAUCCUGGCGGGCCGGGGCGCUGAACCUGUCGCUGUAUCGCGGAGAGUUGCCUACACAGUCUCCGGUUGCUGCGCCUAAAAUCUUCGCCAUUUCCAGCCUUCAAGUUGCCCUGUGGCAUCUCCACCUCAUUGAAAUUGAUACCGUCAAGAAUCUCUUUAACUUGUACCUCAAAAAACCAGAAUGGAACUAUCGAUGUCCCCACUUCAGAUAUAUGUAGAAAAAACUCUGGCCAUUAUCAAACCAGAUAUUGUUGACAAAGAGGAGGAGAUACAAGAUAUUAUUAUCAGAUCUGGAUUCACCAUUGUUCAGAGAAGAAAAUUACAGCUUAGCCCUGAGCAUUGUAGUAACUUUUAUGUGGAACAGUAUGGAAAAAUGUUUUUCCCCAACUUAACAGCUUAUAUGAGUUCUGGACCACUUGUUGCCAUGAUAUUAGCUAGACAUAAAGCCAUCUCUUACUGGAAAGAACUUUUGGGGCCAAGUAAUAGCUUAGUAGCUAAGGAGACACACCCAGACAGUCUAAGGGCAAUUUAUGGCACAGAUGACCUAAGGAAUGCACUUCAUGGGAGUUAUGAUUUUGCUGCAGCCGAAAGAGAAAUUCGAUUCAUGUUUCCUGAAGUGAUUGUUGAGCCUAUUCCAGUGGGACAAGCUGCUAAGGACUAUUUAAAUUUAUAUGUAACACCAACUCUGCUUAAAGGACUCACAGAGCUUUGUAAGCAAAAACCAGCAGAUCCUUGUAUUUGGCUAGCUGAUUGGCUGUUGAAAAAUAAUCCCAACAAACCUAAACUUUGUCACCAUCCAAUUGUAGAAGAACCUUAUUAAAAUAAAGUCCUCCAAA